AUGUCAUCUGAUAUGGAGUUAUCUGACUCAAUUUUUGCACAGGCGGAGAAAAAGUUGAAACUGAAAGAUUUAUGUGAUGUUCAAAUAAAUCAAGACUUGGCAUCUUUGAUAAAUAACUGGUUCAGAGAUGGUGUAGAUGAUGAUAGGUAUAACGAAUUGAUAAACUGUGAGUCUUUAGUGACGGCUAAAACUAAUCAAUUAGUGUGGGAUUUUCUUAGCCAGUAUACACGUACGAUGGACAAGCGAAUACAGAAUGCUCAAACUUCCAUUAUUAAAGGAGCAGUUUCGUUGUCUAAAAUUACUGACACUCUUGGUAGUGGACAAUCUAUGGAUGUGAAUCAUGUUCUGAAACAAGCAAUGGAGUCCCUAGCUCUUUUUGGACAUGCCAAUAAACAAUUAUGUUUUAUUCGUAGAGACAUGAUGAAACCCGAUAUGAGGGGCGAGUAUUUACAUCUAUGUAGUCACACAGACAUUCUGUUUGGUGAUGAUGUUUCCAAAACUGUCAAGGAUAUAUCUGAUUGCUCUCGUAUAAGUAACAAGAUUGGUGCUUUUCAAGGCCGCGGAGGAUGA